GAAAAGCAGAGGUAGCGACCGAGAAUGCAUGAGAGGAGCUCGGCCUGCGCUGCAUAGCUAUUGCUUUAUCAAUUGGAUAUAUAUAACCGAUCAUAGUCAUAGUCAAAGUCACAUAUAUAUAUAUAUACACAUACAGGUUUCAGUUUGAUCAGGUCAGAGCUAGCUGCUAAUUAAGAACAUAGAGGAUCGAGCUGGUAGAUAGAAGAUGGCAAGAACAACAAGGUCAUGGAGCGGCCUCGUUGCAGUAGUGCCAGUGGUAGUGUUGAUGAUGAGGUGGGCAGCAGCAGCUUUGGCGGCGGUGGACAUAUCGCCGGUGCCGUUCGAGCCGCUGUUCGGAGGGGACAACCUGGUUCGCUCACCCGAUGGCGCCCGCACCCUCCACCUCAAACUCGACCGCUACACCGGUUCAGGGUUUGUGUCCAAGUCGGCGUAUCACCAUGGAUUCUUCAGUGCUUCCAUCAAGCUUCCUCAUGGCUACAGUACCGCCGGCGUCGUCGUCGCCUUCUAUCUGUCGAAUGGAGACGUGUUCCCGGGGAAGCACGACGAGCUGGACUUGGAGCUGCUGGGCAACCGGCGAGGGCACGCCUGGCACGUGCAGACCAACAUGAUGUACGGCAACGGCAGCACCGCCCGCGGCCGCGAGGAGCGCUACCUCCUCCCCUUCGACCCCACCGCCGCCCCGCACUCCUACGCCAUCUCCUGGACCCCCGCCGCCGUCAUCUUCUACGUCGACGCCAUGCCACCCAUCCGCGAGAUCGUCCGCUGCUCCGACGACUACCCCGCCAAGCCCAUGCCCGUCUACGCCACCAUCUGGGACGGCUCCGGCUGGGCCACCGACGGCGGCAGGCACAAGGUCGACUACGCCUACGCGCCCUUCACCGACCUCGUCGUCACCGUCCACCUGCGGCCGCGAGAGCUGAUGACGUCGGAGGUGGCCGUGAUGACGCCGGCCAAGCGUGGCGCGAUGCGGCGGUUCCGGUCGCGGCAGCUGACGUACACGGCGUGCCACGACAGGGUGCGGUACAAGGGGGUCGUCUUCCCCGAGUGCGACGACUCGGACCGCGACAGCUUCCACGCGUGGGGUGAGCCCAAGCGCUUGAGCAGCAGCAGCAGCAUCACAUACUCGCCGGCCGGAGGCGUGCACGUACUUCAUCGAUCGUUCCAUUCCUGCUCGUGUAUUUCACUUUCCCACUCAAAUAUGAAUCUUUCUUACUACUACCGUGUAAUCUAAGAGCAACUCGAUCCUCUUU